UUCUAUUUGGUAUUCGUAAUAAAAUGGACAAAGUCGCAGCAGAUCAACGAAAGAAUAAUUUCAAAAAUAAGGAUGCCUUUGGCGUCGACUCAGUCAGAAACCGUAGACAACAGCAUUCGGUAGAGAUUAGAAAACAAAAACGUGAAGAGAACUUGACCAAGCGUCGCAAUAUGAAUAUACCUACCGCGUCCAUGUCUGACAGCGAAGAAGAAGUUGAAGUCGAGGAUGAUACAAACUUACACUCCAACUUGUUGAUCUUGAUCGAGGCUGUCAAUUCCAAUGAUGUCGAAAAGCAAUAUGAUGCUACCACCAAGUUUAGAAAAUUGCUGUCCAAAGAACGUAAUCCACCUAUUAAGGAUGUCAUUGCUACUGGUGUUGUACCUAAAUUUGUUGAGUUCCUGAGAUCUCCUCAUAGCUUGUUGCAGUUUGAAGCUGCUUGGGCUUUAACCAACAUUGCCUCAGGUACCUCUGACCAAACAAAGGUUGUCAUCGAAGCUGGUGCUGUACCCAUUUUCAUUGAGUUACUUUCAAGUCCAGUUCCUGAUGUCAGAGAACAGGCUGUAUGGGCUCUUGGUAAUGUCGCUGGUGAUAGUGCUCUCUGCCGUGAUUAUGUUUUGGAUCAAGGAGCACUUCCACCUCUUUUAUCCAUUUUGAACGAAAACAACAAGCUCUCCAUGCUUCGUAAUGCCACCUGGACUCUUUCUAACCUCUGCCGUGGAAAGAAUCCCCAACCAAAGUGGGAAGCUGUUGUGCCUGCCCUUCCUAUGCUUGCCAAGCUGAUUUAUUCUGCAGAUGAGGAAGUCCUGAUAGAUUCAUGUUGGGCACUCUCUUAUUUGUCUGAUGGAUUCAGUGACAAAAUUCAGGUGGUGAUCGAAUCAGGUGUUUGUCGUCGACUUGUUGAACUCUUGAUGCACCCUUCAACCUCCGUUCAAACUCCUGCUCUUCGUUCGGUUGGUAACAUUGUUACUGGUAGCGAUAUGCAAACUCAGGUUGUCAUCAACUGCGGUGCUUUGCCUGCUCUCUUGUCUCUCUUAUCCAGUCAUAAGGAAGCUAUCAGAAAGGAAGCAUGCUGGACUAUUUCCAAUAUCACUGCUGGCAACAUUGCCCAGAUUGAUGCUGUUAUUGAAGCCAAUAUUAUCCCUGCCCUUGUUCAGAUCUUGCAGACUGCUGAUUUCAAGACAAAGAAGGAGGCUUGCUGGGCUAUUGUGAAUGCAACAUCAGGAGGACUUAAUAAGCCUUCUCAAAUCCACUAUUUGGUUUCUCAAGGUGUCAUCAAGCCACUUUGUGACAUGUUGAUGACUACUGAAAACAAGAUGAUUCAAGUUGCUUUAGACGGUUUAGAAAACAUUUUGAAGAUUGGAGAGCAAGAGCGUCCUAAUGAUCCUGAAGGCAUCAAUCGCUAUGCAGCUUUCAUUGAAGAGUGCGGUGGUAUGGACAUCAUUCACCAAUUGCAACAACAUGAAAACAAUGAAAUAUACAAGAAGGCAUUUGAUAUCAUUGACAGAUACUUUGCUCAAGAGAAUGAAGAACAAAUGGCUGAAGAGACUGUUCCUCAAUCAUUCACCUUCCAUCAAAACGUUCCUCAAGGUGGUUUCAACUUUGGUCCUUAAAUCCUUUUAAUUUCUCUUUAUUUCUCUUUCCCUUGUUCCUCCCUUUUCUCUUUUCUUUUUGUUUGCUUUCCGUCAUAAGCAAAUUCACAUGCUUUCCCCUCCCCCAUUUUACACCUACCCACAAACACACAUAAAAUUUAAAUUAUAUACAUACAUACUAUACACACUCACUCACUCUCACACACAUAUAAAGACAAAAUGUCUAUUUUU